CUGUGUGGGCUGGUCACUCACCUGGCUAACUGUCAGUCUUUGCCCCGCCCCCCUGCAGGUGUGCUCUCUGCCAGUGUUACCUGCCUGUACCCUCAGACUGUGUUUCAGUGCUCAGGUGUGUGUGUGUGUGUGUGUGAGUGUGUGUCUGCCUCCUGCCUGUCGCUCUGACUCGCCAUCCCGCUGCAGAGAUGUCGGAGGACGCAGUCGGCCUCGGUGCUGUGACCGUGCUGGGCAUCCUGGAGCAAGCCUAUUUCUCUCUGCAGGUGAUCUACGCCAGGAGGAAGUACUCGGUGUCUCCGCCCGCCACCACUGGACCGCCAGAGUUUGAGAGGGUCUUCAGAGCUCAGUCAGUUUUGUUCUGA